AUGGUCGUUUUUUACAUAUCACUGGUUGGUUGUGCUGAUGUUCCCAAGCCCUCAAAAUGCGGAAUGCAUAUCGAUGCUAACAUCAGUCGUGAAGAUAUACAUGUUGAUCCGAAUUACAAACCAAGUUCCAAUACCGACGGGGAUCACGAUUGUCACAGAGGAUCUGGACAUGCAGGCUUUUUCGGAACUGUCGGCUCUGAUUGCGACUCCCCUCUCACCCUGGUAAACGCAACAGUCGCGUGGAUUCAAGACAACCUCGCAGACUCGAUCGACUUUGUUAUUUGGACAGGCGAUGCGGCACGCCACGACAGUGAUGAAAAAGUACCACGUACGGAGAAAGAGGUUCUCCAGUUGAAUCAGUUGUUGGCCAGCAAAUUCCAUGACAUCGUUUCUACAUCAAAUGGGAAGAAAAAGGAAAUGCGAAUUCCAUUCGUCCUUACAAUCGGGAAUAAUGAUGUAAUGCCCCACAAUAUCUUGAAGAAGGGACCUAAUACCUGGACGAAGAACUUUGCCAGUAUCUGGGAUCCUUUUAUUCCUGAGGAACAGCACCACUCAUUUGUUCACGGUGGCUGGUUUUAUGUAGAAGUCAUUCCCCACCGAUUGGCUGUUUUCAGUCUUAAUACGAUGUACUUCUUCAGCUCAAAUAGUGCUGUUGACGGAUGUGCGAGUGAAGACGAACCCGGAUAUGAACAUAUGGAGUGGUUGCGGGUCCAGCUCCAGUUCAUCAGGAAAAGGGACAUGAAAGCAAUUCUAAUUGGACACGUUCCCCCGGCCAGGACAGAUUCCAAGGAGAACUGGGAUGAGACAUGCUGGCAAAAAUAUACGCUCUGGCUACAGCAGUACCGUGAUAUAAUCGUUGGGAGCAUGUUUGGACAUAUGAAUAUCGAUCAUUUUAUGCUCCAGGACACGAAAGAUAUUAAGAUCGGUGAUGGGGGAGCCAAAUCUCUGCUCAGGCUGGCGAAGCGGGACAGCAGUGACGAUCAGACGGUGUCCAUACAAUCACGCAUGAAUUAUUUAACAAGACUGAGGGAUUCUUGGUCACGGUUGCCAGCUCCGCCCGAUACAUCAUCCGCCUGUUCAGAGGGUGGUGUCGAUAGUAAACUUAACCACAAAUCUCAUCUUAGUUUAGUUUGGGGUUUGAAACCCCAAGGCAAGAAGAAGGAGAUGAGAAAAUAUCUGAAGGCCAUUGGUGGGCCUUGGGCGGAAAGAUACAGCAUAUCAGGCAGGUUUCACCCAGCGUGA